CCGUACUCUCCAGUAUUAUGAAAAUCGUCGCGCGAAUAUAACGUUAAACUAACAAAAAUGUUGUUUUUCUAAAAACAGUGUCAUAAACAUGGCCUUAAAAAACAAUUUUGUGAUCUUUUUGGUGUUUGUGGGUGAAUUGUGUAGUGUGGCUGUCGGUGGAAGUUUGUAUUCUUCGCCUCAAAUUCUUCUUGCUGAAAAAGAAUACGUUUUGGAAAAAAAUGAAAGUUUCACGAUUUUCUGCCAAGGAAAUAAACCGCUUACGUGGACUUUGCCUUCUCCUAAGGAUCCAGUUAAGCAAAAAUGGACAACACAUACGAUCAAAGCGGAGAAAGCGAACAACCCUAUGUACAAAUAUGGCUCUCGUCUUAAAUUAUACAAUAUGUCGUACCCAUUUGUAGGGUUCUAUAGCUGCCACUUUCAGGAUGGUCAAGAUAUAGCGGACGAAGAUUCAGACAGUAAUAAAGUAUAUCUAUUUGUAAAUGACAAGGAGAAUCUUAAAGUCGAAAAUAACCAAGUGAACAUUGACAACAUUUACGUACAAAAGGGAGAUGUCGCCCUUAUACCUUGUCGCCCAACGGCGCCUGAUGUCGAGGUGAAGCUGUUUAUGAUCGAUUCAGACAAUAUUGAAGUUCCACUAAAUGUGCUUUUGGAAGAAAAAAACGUCAUGUACUGGUAUAAAAAGUUUCACGGCAUCUUUACUAAUGAUACAACUUUGGAAGGAGAAGUAUUGUAUUCGUGUGAAUAUAAAAAAGAUAAUGUAACGCAAAAAAACGCGGAAUAUUUGACUGUUGAAAAAAAGACAUCUUAUAUUCCUACACCGAACAUAGUCGAUGAGAACAAAGGACAUACAACUAUCGGCGAUACUAUAAAAUUGAACUGUAGCCCUCAGUAUACAAAAAUCAACGUGAUGUUUGAUUGGGAUACUCCCACAGGAUUUGAUCCAAAAAGGAUGAAAAAAACUGAUACACCCAAUGAAUCUACAUUAACCGUUUUAAACGCCACGAAAAACGACAGAGGAGUCUAUACAUGUCUGGUAUACGAUCAUCAAAAGCACCGUAACUCUAGAAAUAUAACAAUGACCGUUUUUGAUAAGAAUUUUGCCGAUAUUUUUAUGAAAGAAAGAACAGAUACUUACCGCUUGGAAGUAAGAGCAGGAAAAGAUCAAGUCACGUGGGUUGUAGAGGUAUGGGGUCAUCCACAGACAAAAUUCACUUGGUUAAACAAUAGAAAUGAAACAAUCCCGCAAGGAAAAGGAAAGAAAUAUGAGGUUGAAACUACUGCACCACAGUUUUAUAGUCCCGACCAAAGAGAUCUAAUUUCCUUGAAGAUCAAGAAUUUAGCCAUCGGAGAUUUCGGAACAUACACCUUGAUGGGAAGCAAUAGAGCCAUGGUGAAGCCCAUAACGUUUUUUCUGAACGUUACUGCCGGACCGGUGGUAAUUGUGCAAACAGAUCCGUUUCAUUUGGUAGGAGUCCCAGGAAAAGUGACUUGUACAGCUGCAGCACAUCCCUCACCUGAUUUCCAAUGGGAGUACAAGUCCUGUUUACAGGAUACGUGUCAAUAUAAACCAAUUGAAGGCAAAAUUAUAUCGACGGAGGGUGUAAAGGUAACUUCCGAAAUUGAAGUCAACCCAAAAGAGAAUGGACUUGCCAAAUGUAUAGCAGUCAAUUCUAUCGGCCAGGAGACAGAUAUUAUCGGAUACUUUGUGACAGAUGUACCUGAUGGCUUUGCAAUCACAGGAUUUGACGACACCGUUAUAGUUGACGCAGUACAGCAUAAAGCUAUAUACGCUUUUGGCGAAAAGAUUCAUGUAGUAUGUUCAGCAACUUUGUCCAACUACAGUGAAGUUAGUUGGAAUCGAAAUGGAGGACCUAUACCUCCAUCAACAAGACUGAAGUUGUCUAACAAAACAAGCGAAUAUUCUAGUAGUUCAAUACUGGAGAUAGGUAACAGCAAUAUAAGCGACAAAGGGACUUACAAAUGUGUAGCACGAACCGCCACAGGAUAUAAAAGCAAAGAUAUUGAAAUUUUAAUUGUGGAUCCUGUCAAUGCUCAAAUUACUGAUACAAAUAUGAAGGGAGAGAUGAUGCAAGAUUUCCCUAACCCUGUUAUGAUGCAUUGCGGAGUUACAGGUGUACCAAAACCCCAUAUCAAUUGGUAUAAAGACAACGUACUUUUCGUACCAACUGAUCCCCGAAUAGUGUUCGAGGACGAAAGACAGACUCUUAGAUUUAAUGAAACUAAAAUCGAAGAUGCAGGCAAAUAUAAAUGCGAAGCUGCCUACAAAGAUAUACGAGAUUUUAGAGAAGUGAAGCUGAGUUUUUCAAAUGCGCCCGGACCAAGACAAGAUUGGCUGAUUUAUAUCAUACUGUUCCUUUUCUUGGCUUUAAUUUGCGUAGGAAUUUUCCUUUUCUUGAAAGUUAGGAAGGAAAGGAGACUAAAGCAAGAAAUGAAACUUCUGGGUCUAGCCAAUUUCGAGAAAGGUGCUGUUGAGAAUAUAAACCCCGAACUUGGCAUUGACGAUCAGGCGGAACUUUUACCCUAUGACCGAAAAUGGGAGUUUCCAAUUGAACAACUGAAACUAGGAAAGCAGUUAGGUUCCGGAGCAUUUGGUGUGGUUCUUAAAGGAGAAGCUAAGUGUAUAGUGGAAGGAGAACCAGUGACAACAGUGGCUGUGAAGAUGGUUAAGAAAAAUGCAGACAACACGUACAUAAAGGCGCUCGCAUCAGAGUUGAAAAUCAUGGCACAUCUAGGAAAGCAUCUCAACGUCGUGAAUUUGCUCGGAGCUUGUACCAAAAAUGUUGCCAAAAGAGAACUUUUGGUGAUUGUUGAAUACUGUCGGUUUGGCAAUUUGCAGAACUACCUCUUGCGCCACAGGGAACAUUUUAUUAACCAAAUAGAUCCCCACACGGGUAAAGUAAAUUAUAUGAUUGGUCAUGAGCUUUUGGACCGGACGUAUUCCAUAUCCAGCAAUAGAAGUCAAGUUCAGUCUCCCCUUAUGAGGUAUGCUACACUUGCAUUUUCUGAUUCUACCAACAGUGCCGGAUUGCCACCUCCAAAUACGAUGGGUGACUAUAGAGCUCACGCUGGAUCAGACAACACUGAUAUGACCACUGUCACUCAAGGGGAUGACGGCGUCGUACUUAGCAAUAACAGUGUCCAACCAGAAUGGCGCUCGAAUUAUAAGGGCGACUAUAAGGGCAACAUAAAUCCCAUCAGCACGAAAGAUCUCAUUGCUUAUGCUUUCCAAGUCGCUAGAGGAAUGGAAUAUCUGGCUUCGAGAAAAGUACUUCAUGGAGAUUUAGCAGCAAGAAACAUAUUAUUAAGUGACGAGAAUAUUGUUAAAAUAUGCGAUUUUGGUCUUGCGAAAAGCAUGUACAAAAACGACAACUACAAAAAACGUGGUGAUACCCCUCUUCCUGUAAAAUGGAUGGCAAUUGAAUCCAUCAGGGAUCGAGUAUUUUCCACACAGUCGGACGUAUGGUCCUACGGUAUAGUAUUAUGGGAGCUGUUCUCGUUAGGAAGAACACCCUAUCCCGGUAUGGAAGCAGAUGAAAGGCUCUACCAUAAGUUGUUGGAUGGAUAUCGACUUGAGAGUCCGGAAUACUCACCAAAAGAAGUUUACCAAAUAAUGACUGAAUGCUGGUUAGCUAAACCGGUUGGAAGGCCUUCGUUUACUAAGCUAACCGAGAGAAUUGGAACACUGCUUGAAGAAACGUUAAGAAAGCAUUACAUCGAUCUCAAUGACCCAUAUCUUGUCAUGAACACUAAGAUGUUGGAGGGUCAAAGCGACUACCUCUCCAUGUUAAGUCCUCCUACCUUUGACGUGAUUGUGAGUCCUCAUUACGUUAAUGACAUAAUGACACAACAACCGGCUCCUGACGAAGGAUAUAUGAGUAUGAAGCCCAACACAAUUUUCAGUCCAAGAAUCACAGAGGAUGAAGUGUUCAACUUCACGCCAUCCAACAGAAAAAACCUAACUUCGGAAGGAGGCAAAGCCCAGGAACUUCUACCGAUGCUUCACGUGAUCUCCGAAGCAGACACGGAAACCCCUCUAAAUAGCCCCACCAGACCCUCAGACCCCAACAGCAUCUCGAAUCCGAUGUACCAUCUCCCCCCGACGAUACUGAACGACUGCACCAACGGCCAAACAGAAAUCGUCAAAUCGGCCGAUAAUUACGUCAGCAUGCCUCAGAGUAAGAAUCUUAUCAAAGAUAGGAGCGCGCAGGAGAACAAACCUGCGAUGGACGAGAAGAAGGAGUCCCAUCGGUAUGUCAACGAUGGGCUGCAAGACUGGACAAGUAUUAAAGUUUAAGUAAGAAGAUAGUACAAUUUGAUGAGAUAUGUACCUACUUAAUUUACUAUAGACGAUAGUAGAUCCUUUGGGUCGAUUAAAACGAAAGAGAGAUCUGUAAUUUGAAUAAAAAUUCAAAAGUGAAUGUUGAA